CUAAGCUUAAACCCACGGCUUGUAAUGAAAUGUGUUUUAUGCCUAGGGCGAAUCUAGAGUGUGAAUUUAAAGAAUCAAAUAAUGACUACAAAUGUUUGGGUAGAACAGGAAUGGAACGACUACAAAAUGCGUUGGGAUCCUGAUGAUUAUGGAGGCGUUACUAAACUGCACGUUCCAGCUGAACUAAUAUGGCUUCCUGACAUCGUCCUUUACAAUAAUGCAGACGGUAAUUACGAGGUUACUAUAAUGACCAAAGCCAUUCUUCAUUCUGACGGCAUGGUGGAUUGGAAGCCCCCUGCCAUCUACAAAAGCUCCUGCCUAAUGGACGUGGAAUAUUUCCCUUUUGACGAGCAGACCUGUUUCAUGAAAUUUGGAUCCUGGACGUAUGAUGGAUAUACGGUCGAUUUGAAGCAUAAACAUCAGAGGGAAGAGGAAGCCGAAAUCCCAAUGGGGAUCGACCUCAGCGAGUUCUACCUAAGCGUCGAGUGGGACAUCAUGGCUGUCCCAGCGAGGAGAAAAGAACGUUUCUACAGCUGCUGCGAAGAACCUUAUCCCGACAUAACAUACAACAUCACCAUUCGCAGAAAGACACUGUUCUACACGGUGAAUCUCAUCAUCCCCUGCGUCGCCAUUUCGUUCCUGUCAAUUCUGGUGUUCUAUUUGCCAUCCGACAGCGGCGAGAAAGUCUCUCUUUCCAUUUCGAUCAUGCUGUCCUUGGGUGUCUUCUUCCUCCUCUUGUCUGAGAUCAUCCCCCCCACGUCGUUGACAGUCCCUCUGUUGGGCAAGUACCUUCUGUUCACCAUGAUCUUGGUUUCAUUCUCGGUAAUAGUGACCAUUGCGGUACUCAACGUCAACUUUCGGUCCCCUGCUACGCAUAAGAUGGCACCCUGGGUUCGGAAAGUAUUUCUUGAAGUUCUUCCAAAAUUCCUCCUAAUGAAAAGGCCUGAUGAUGGUGAAUCUUCAGACGCUGCAUCUGAUACAAAAUCUGGUAUCUUGAGGCCGUUCGACGGUACGACAGUGGACAUUAGUGACACAGUACCUGUUCGAAUAUUGGACAGAGAACGGCUGGCCGAAUGCGCUUAUAUCGAAGGCCCACAUACCUCAGAUGCAGGUUCGCUACAAGAACGUCAUGAGAAGGAAGAAAUGGAAAGAGCUGUUUUAAAUGUUCGAUUUAUUUCCCAGCAUAUGGAAAAUCUAGAUUCUUAUUCGGAGAUUGAGGGUGAUUGGCAGUACGUGGCUAUGGUGUUGGACAGGCUGUUUCUCUACAUCUUUUCAAUAGCUUGCGUAGUUGGAACGGCUUGCAUUAUUUUAAGAGCACCUGCCCUCUACGAUGACAAACAACCAAUCGACGUCUUGUUUUCGAGAGUGACGCCUAGGUUGCGGCAUUUGGACUAA